AUGCCAAAUCUGAAGCGCGCUGCUGGUGAUGGACCGGCCACCCCAGCACUAAAGCGUCGCAAAGGGUCGAUAAUGUCCGUCGCAUCUGCUACCACGACGCAUCCUCUUCGGCAGACAUCUUUCCCUCCCGAAGACAACGAAACCCUGUUUACUGCGCGAUCACCAUCAGCCGACAUAGAUAACGCGAGUUUUGUCAGUGGCAGUCUGAGCGCUACUGCAGCACCAAUUAAGAAACGGCGUGGAAGAAAGCCAAAGGCAGAGAAGUUGCGGGAACAGACCCCGAGCCUUGCGGGUGGCAGAGCGACGACAGCGGUGAGCAGCACCGGCGGCGCCAAAGGCAGUAGUGUUGUACAUGGGGAUGCUGGUGUUGAAGAAGAUGACGGUGAUGGCGACGUUCCAGACUCUGGAGCAGCAGCGGCAAAGAGAACAGACGAAGAGCGCAAAGAAGAAAAGCGGUUACGAGCUGCACUUGUCGCAUGCAUGGAUUUUGAUCAAUACGAGCGAAUAUCAGCAUGGAGGGCGGCAAAAUUGCCAGAUGCAGUCAUUCGAAGACUUGUCAAUGCCACCGUAUCCCAGUCUGUACCCUCGUCGGUAGUCACCGCUGUUCGGUCGGUCACCAAGUAUUUUCUUACAGAUCUGAUCACGAACGCACAAAGUAUACAAAGUGAAUGGAUUUCAGCCGACAGGGAGGCACAAGCCGACGAGGAAUGGCCUGGUAUGGUUCUUUCAAGAGGAGAGCCAGGGAUAAGGGACAUCUACGACAAACAGUCACGGAUGGCCAUUCCAGACCCCCUCUCAAACUUCAAAGUGCCGUCGACCCGUGGCGACUUAGGCAUGGCGGAACCAUUCAAUACUCCCAUGCCUUCCACCACACCUGUGCCUGGCGCAACACCACGAUCCACAUCUCCUUCUCUCCAGCCCCUUGCGAUUGGAACUUUGGAAGCAGCCAUCGCAGCCAUGAAGGCCGGUGUGCCCAGCCCCAGGCCGAAGCCAAGGGUGCUUCACAUUGGUGAUCCUGUUUGCUACAAUGUCGAUACAUACAUUGCUUUUUCUGAACAGUUCGACGUUAUCCGUCCCAGCGCACAAGAGCGCGAGCGUCCCGAAUUCAUGCGUGCCCUGCGUAGCGGCAGGUGGGGGGAUUUUUGUGCCAUAUUUCGGCCCUUCUGGGGUAGUGGUGGUGAGAUGGGGUGCUGGGACGCCGAACUUAUCGCCCUGCUCCCCAACAGUUGCAGAAUUUUUGCAAGUGCAGGCGCUGGGUUUGACUGGGCUGAUACGAAAGCCUUGGGCCAGAGAGGUAUUAUCUAUUGCAAUUCUGGGCUAGCGGCUGCCGAGGCAGUUGCCGACUUUGCCGUGGCUAUGGUAAUAUCAACUUUCCGUCAUCUAUCAUGGUGCAUGAACGCCGCCACAUCCCCGGCCUUGUCUCCUGAGGAAGCCAAACAGGGGUUUCAGCAUUGCCAUACAUUUGCAACUGGAGUAUCACACAAUCUUCGGAACCAUGUGCUCGGUCUUGUCGGGCUUGGGAAUAUUGGACAGAAUAUUGCGGCCAAGCUUGGCUGUUCUGCAUUUGGUAUGAAAAUUCACUACUUUGACACCACGCGGAAACAGGCAGACAUUGAAAAGGAGCUGGGAGCCACCUUUCACGACACAUUGGAGGGCCUUUUGGCUGCUUCAGAUUGCGUCGUGAUAUGUACGCCCGCAUCGCCGGAUGGCAAGCCUUUAAUGACGAAGGAGCGCUUUUCACUGAUGAAACCACAUUCCCGAUUUGUCAAUGUUGCACGGGGCUCUCUUGUGGACGAGGAGGCUCUUGCCGAUGCCAUUGAAAGCGGAGGCCUUCAUUCAGCCGCUAUUGAUGUACACUCAGCGGAGCCAUGUAUCCAUCCUCGGCUCCUGCAGCUGGCCCGUCUCACAACAAGUGGCAGUAUGGCCCCCCCUUCGAUAAUGCUGACUUGCCACAACGCUGGUGGAACGGUAGAAACACAUAUUGGGUUUGAGGAAUUGAGUAUGCGAAAUAUCAUGGCAGUUAUUAAGGGUGAUGGGCCAGUCACUCCUGUGAAUAUGCACCACAUUAGUAGCAUCCUCUAA